AUGGAGGUGAUAGUGCUGGAGGACAGCAGCAGCAGUGACGAGUCAAGCGAAGGCACGAUAGAGCGGGACUCAGCGUCUGGCACUCUAGGGGACCCCUCGAACCUGCACCAGAAGUACGCGCAACCUGCUGGCUACGUGAACGCAACGGGGAAGGAGGAGAAGCGGUACUUGCGCACCAAUGGCGCCGAAACAGCAGCACUCAAGGGCCAGGAGACGGUAUAA